AGCGAUGACAGGCCUCGCCAUUGCCAUUUUAGCAAGGUUUCUUGUGCGCGGCGAACGGUGGAAAAUUGGUGUUGUCUCUUCCGAACAUCCGGCAUUAAAUAGUCGAUUUGAUAAUGCCCUAUUACGCUUUUAUGAUGAUUGGCUGGUUCCUAAUAAUCUCAAUUGUAUCGAUUUUGAUUCGAGCCUGUUGUCUCUGCGCCAGGCAGAAGAUUCCUAGCCAAACUACCUCCAGUGGUCGUGGUCCAGGUAGAGGUCCUGGUCCUGGUGAAAAUCCAGCAAGCCGACAGCCAGGAAGAGUGCUACAGAGCUAUCGAAUUGAUCCGGCAGGAGUAAGCUUGAACACAGAUCGCCAGGGCAAUGUGUUUAGCGUGCCGGAGGAGCCUUCUGCGAACCGCUACGGCGACAUAUUCUUCAUUGAGCCCGGCAGCGUGGAGGCCAACCGCAUCCGCGACCAGCUGGAAAAGGAUGAGAAGGAUCUACCCAGCUAUGACGAGGUAAUGCGCAUGUGCAACCUGACCACGCCCACAGCUGCGGCAGCGGGGACGCCCCUUCCUCUAUCCCCGCUAGGCGAACCCGUUGCCGGUCCCAUUGGGAUUGCCGCACUGCCGGCUCCACCGUACUCGGAGACAGACCCACAUUCACCCACCGCAGCAGCCACUGUCAUCGCAAUGGAACCGAUGGAGCCGUCCACUUCCCGAGCCGCACAGAUCCCACCCAGCUCCGGUUCCGGGCCACCUGCUCAUUCGCCGUCCACGACAACGGUGUGAUCCGCCGGAGGCAUGGAGAGACGGAACUGAAGCAUUCGCCGUGCCACUCUGGGCCACACAGAUGCAAAUUUGUGUGCGCUUCCAGAACAGUUUAUGAACUUGUGUGAUCUUAUUGAGUACAUACCUAGUUAAGUGCUAGAGAUUAAGUGUCGCCUAUUGUAAAUACAUAUUUUUAGGAUAUAGGAUGAAAAUUAAAGUGAGUGAUUUAUUAGAAAAUAA